AUGGAGGGAGGAGGAGGAUACGCGUGGGCAGUGUCCGCUGGAUUCAACGCCGCUCUUGCAGCCAUCUUCGCAAAGCUCACCUUUCACAUCUUGAUUAAGUAUGGGCUGGUGGUAUUGUUCAAUGUAACAAUGUGGUGUUGUUAUGUCAACAGCCUUAGAGCCCUUUCAUCUCUUCAAGCUACCGUCACAAAUUUCGCUACCAAUUUCAUCACUUCUGGUUUAGCUGGUUUCUUCUUCUUUCAUGAAUCACUCUCUUUUCAGUGGUUUGCAGGUGCCCUACUCAUAAUAAUUGGUGUAAUAAUACUUAGCAACUCGAGUAUUGAAAAGAAGGUUAGCUUAGAUUAG